AGUAUUAUCGUUCACACCGCGCGGCGGACCUCGCGUCGUCGACAGUUCUCGACAAACUAUUAAAUAGUAAACAAUUUUUUAACACAAUUACUGUUACGAUAACUCACUUUUUCCGGAGCAAAUUUUAAAAUUUUACGCUCAUUUUUAAAUUAGUUACAUCGUUUUUAAGUGUCAGUAAACAUGUGCGAUCGAUUUGCUGUUUUUGAGUAGUUUAUAAACAACAAACUCAAGUGUUUAAUUUAUAUAUUAGUGUUAUGUGAAAACAAUUAAAGGAACGAGUGGAUUUUUACCAAUUUUUCAUUUUUUUUACAUUUGAACAAUGAGUAAUUACAGCAAGAAACGCAAGAAGCCUCAAGUGCAUGGGUGGACCCGCGUCAUGCGCGGUGUAGUCCCGUAGGGCGAGCGGACGCAUUCGGCUGCCGCGGCAGAGGGCGGAGACGCGUCCGUGUGGCGGCAUCGAUCCGCUAGUUCCUCGUGGUCUCGAGUCUCAGUCGCCGACAGUCCGGCGACGAGCAUCAACAUGCAACCUCCGCCGCGGAAGUGCAAAACCAGGAAGUCGUUAGAUAGCAACUACACGAAAUUCCUUAAAAACUUGCAUACCGAGCAGAUCGCAAAGCUUCAUGCUAAGAACCAGCAUGAGUGCGAUCUGCUUGAGGACCUGCGCACCUACACCAUCAAGCGUUCCGCCAUCGAGAAGUCAUACUCCGAGGCUUUGCUGAAGAUAUCUUCAGCUUACCUCAACAAGAAGAUACCCAACAUCCCUGACAUCAAGGUGGAUGGAGCUGAGGAGAAAUGGAACAUGUGGAACGUGUGGCGUACGGUCCUGGAGGAGAAUGAGAAACUGGCUCGCGCUCGGCUGGCUGCUGUCGAGGUCUUCCAGCAGCAGAUUGCCGACGAAGCCAAGUUUCUUCGCCAACAUAAGCUGAACGUCGCCAAAAAGUGCACCGACACCCUCGCUCAGGCCCACAAGGAACUGCAGACCACUGUUCUCGAUGUGGAUAAAACGAAGAAGCUGUACUUCGAUGAAGAGCAUACCGCUCAUGAUGUCCGUGACAAAGCUAAGGACAUCGAGGAAAAGCUCAAGAAGAAGAAAGGCUCCUUCUUUCAAUCCAUAACUUCGCUGCAGAAAAACAGCGCCAAGGUAUCUUCUCGUCGUGACCAGCUCGAGGAAAAGUCUACUGGAGCCAGGAACGACUAUCUGCUCAGUAUUGCUGCUGCUAACGCCCACCAGAACCGCUAUUUCCUGGUUGAGCUGCAGAACUGUAUGCUGAGCAUGGAAGCCGCCGUCUAUGAGAAGGUCUCUGAGUUCCUGACCUUCAUGGGCCGCACGGAGCUGCUCACCUGCUCGGCUACCCAGCACUCUUUCGGGAAGAUCCGCGACCAAGCGCAGCAGCUGACUCGGGACUACAACCUGCAAUGCUUGUACCUGUACUACCCUGUGCUGAAGCAGCACAUUCAGUAUGAGUUCGAGCCGUGCGACAACGACCCGAUAGAUAGCGUGACCAUCGAGCACGAGUCGGUGGCCCAGACGUUGGGCCAGGAAGCACGCCGCUGGGCUACCCGUGUGCUGCGCGAGACUUCCCUGGUCCGUGACGCUACCCGCAAAAUGAACGUCUAUCAAGCAAUGCGCGAUGCCGGACAAAAGGUGGACCCGAAUGAUCCUAAUGGUCCAGAGUUGGAUGUCCGCUUGGAUGAGUUGCGGGCUACUAUCCGUCGGUCCGAGAUUUCUAAGGCCAAGUAUGAGUCGCGCUUGGAGUGUCUCCGUGUGAGCGGGGCACCCGUGGACGACUGGUUGAAGGAAGUGGAUCUGCUGGCUGUGCAAGAACCAUUGCAGCGCAGCAGCAGCCUGCUCAGCGUCCGCACUGAUGUAUCCGGCGCAGCUGAUCAGCCGAGCUCUGAUUCGUUCUACGACAGUGAUAACACCGAGGGAGAAGGCACUUCGGCCUCGGCUUCAGCUUCGGCCUCAGCCGCCGUCGCUUCCAGCAGCCACCAGCGCACCACCUCUGGCUCCCAGAACGAUGAUGAACAUGAUGAGGAUGUUGACGCUAUGCUGGAGGAGGAUCGCAUGCGCAUCGAGCAACUGACAGUUGGUUGGGAUGAUCCGACCCAAGUUAACUGGGACGAAGGCGAGCCUGCCGCCGAGGCCGUCGAAGCCCCCGCAGCUCCAUUGUACAAGUGCACCGCUUUAUAUAGUUAUUCGGCUCAAAACCCCGAUGAGCUGUCGAUCAUUGAGAGCGAGCAAUUGGAAGUCGUUGGCGAAGGAGACGGCGAUGGAUGGCUCCGUGCCAGAAACUACCGCGGCGAGGAAGGCUAUGUGCCCCACAACUAUCUGGAUGUCGACCGCGAGCAGCCAUGCACCAGCUCCGGUGCACCGGGUCUGGUCUCCCAGAUAUCUUUCUCCUCGGUCGAUUACACGGUCGAAGGUGAAGAUGCUGACGUGGUACAGUCUCCCGAUCAGAUCUCAGUGAUCUCGGCUCCCGCUGCCAAGGCCGAAGAGCCCAAAGCCGAGGAACAACCUCAACAAGAGUCUUUCGUGGCUGAAUGGCCAACUGCCGAGACCUCUCAGGCGUCCGCAGCACCCGCAGCGGCCCCAACGUCUGCCGCACCAAAACCUGAUCAGCCAACUCUUGGCUACUGCUUCGCCAUGUACGACUACGACGCUGAAUGUCCUGAUGAAUUGAACCUCGAGGAAGGACAGAUUAUCCGCAUUCUGUCCCGCGAAGCUCACGGCGUCGAUGAUGGCUGGUGGCGCGGAGAAGCCAACGGAGUGGUGGGCAACUUCCCAUCUCUGAUCGUGGAGGAGUGCGAUGAGAACGGCGAGCCCCUGAGUGGUGGCGAAGAAUGGCCACCGCUGACCACGGCUCCACCGGUGUUCGCUUCACCGCCGCACACGCCACCCGAAGCUGCCGGCGCCCAGGACCAGGUGGAGAUUGACAACAACAAUACUAAAGGUGCUGCGCCCCCCGAUGCCCCACCGCCACCGCCGCCCCCAGAUCUUGGGGACUCCAUGGAUAGCCAGCCCGACUUCAGCUUUAAUCUUGAGCUUAGCAGGAACCAGCAGGAGCACUACGGCACUCAAUUCGCCGCCCCAUCCGUUACUAUCGUCGUCGACGAAGUGGUCGGUGAAUGCUGGGAAGAGAACAUCCCGGAGCCGGUGCAGGCGGUGCAGACUGAGCAGACCGCGGAGGACUGCGGGCUGGGAGUGGCGCAGAUCGUCAUCACAGCAGCCACGCCCAUGGUGGAGGAGCCCGACCAACCAUUCCCUCCGCCAGAACCUGAAGCCGAAACGGAAGCCAACGGUGAAGCCGAAGUCAACUCGGAGACGCUGCCGGAGCCCGAGCGCGAGGAGAACGAGGACGACGAGUCAUCCCUGUCCGAGCAGACCGCAGUCUGCCUGCGGGACUCGGACGACGGGCCGGCUGACUCGGCCCCGCACCCGCACUCCAGCUCGACGGCCUCCGAGGGCGAGUCCGGCGGCGCGUCCGUCGCGUCAGGCCCGCCCACCGCGCCGCAGUCGCCGCCCGCGGCCCCGCGCGGCGGCCGCGCCAGCAUCCCCGACGAGCUCGAGCCCGCGCAGCUGGCCCGGCUCACCGACCUCAAGGAAUCCAAUGCUUAAGGCCUAAGUCGACACCGACAGACAUCCUCUUUACGAUGUCGACCAACCACUGAUCGUUAUCGAUCUUCUACAUUAGACCGUUUCUCUGCUAUCAGUUUUUAGCGAUGUAUCCUCGCAUAAGCGAGAGGUUGAAAUGCAGUAUUAUACCCUACCUACUAUCCUAUCUACAAAUUGUUCUACGAAAUAUUUUUAUGUGUGUAUUCACACUAUAUUCGUUUUCACUGGUGUCGCUGAUGUUACCCCUGCGAACAAUCCCAAGUAGUCAGAAUUACUAAAAUAUAAUAAAGUAGAUCUAAAUGUUUAUUUACCUAGUAAAAUGACUAUGGUACUAGAUGUUUACUUAGCCAAUGUUUAUUGAUGUUAGAAUAUCUGGAUAUAUAAACAUUUUUGAUGAAUAUGUAAUAUUUAUAAGAGUUUAUAAAGGAAUAUUGGGAAAUCAAAAUUAACGAUAAAAUUGUCGGUGAUCUGUUGAGUGUAGAGGAACGGUCGGGACAUGUAGAUUGUACUGUAUAUAGCUAAUAUACUUAUUACUAGUUAAUAAGUACAAGAGCACGUUCUAGUACCUGCGAAUAGAGGGUAUGUUAGAGGCGUAUGUUAGAGUGACGCGACGUGUUGACGUGUCGACAGAGGUCUAUCACGACUUACAACACCAGCCGGGAGGAACUACAGCGGCACUCCUUGUAAUGUAACGCGAGGCCCGCGAGUCUCAGACCAAGACCCACUCGAGUUCCUCGGCUAGCGAUCAACACGCGAGUAUAGCGAUGUAACUAAGCUCCGUCGCCAGAUAUUGACGCAGCGCACCGAACAACGACGUGCGAGCAACCUGCGCUCGCGUCAAUAUUCCGCGGCGGACGGUAGGAUUAGGAAGAUACAGGGUGUUACUAGCUUCUCUUCGUUGACUUCCCUGCGACACCCUGAGCCGCGAGGCUAGGGUAACAACAUCAAUCGCCCGCUGCGUACCAUCGGCAGCGGCGAAUGUGGAGCGCAAACCCAUCCUCAUACUUAUACAGUCGUGAUGAGACAAUAUACUUGUUAUUUUUUGGUCACUCGGUACAUGACUUGGUAGACAACUACCUACGACACUGGUCUAUGUGGCACAAACAUCUGGAGUUAGUGCAGUCGAGACGGCCUCGCAGUUUUUCUACUCUUUAUCACGAAUAUAUCACUAUUUAUAAUUAUUAAUUCACUAAUACUCUGUAGUUGAUUAUGAAAUAGUUUAAAAAUUAAGUUUAUCUUGUUACAUUUGUGAUAAUUGUCUCAUCGUGUCGAUGCUUCAUCGUUUAAUUAUUUACAUCCUCGCAGCCACAUCAAAUGCAUUUCAUGUUUCUUAAGCCAAAUAAUUUCUGCUUGUUACUACUUCAACAACUACAUGUUCCUUUUGGGGUUGAUACAUAAUGGAAACGUAUUAUAAUGUAAUAGCUUGUUAGCGCAGACACACUGCGUCUGGUCACCGUGAAACGAAAGAUUUUGGCUUUAGGAAAUUGGAAUAAAUAUUAUCAAUAUAGUCGUCUAUUACAUUUUCAAUGUACUACGUAGAUGUUUAACAUAAUUCUGUUAAAGAUUUCACAUAAUAAAUUAAAUAAAUUAAUCGACUUAUGUAGAUGAAUGUUAACCAAGUAGCUGUUAGCUGUUUAACGAUGUGAUUCAUGUGUUGUGUUAUUAUACCAUUGUUCUAUAUUAUUGUUAGUUACAUUUUAUUGAGACCCGUAAAAACAUUGAACGUUCAUUGGACUAUGUCGUUUUCAAUUGCGCCUAUCAGCCUCGUUUCGAGACAGUCGUGAGUCACUUGUGCAGGAGAUUAUAAUAUGUGUUUUUACGGGUUGAUCCACGUUUCAGGACAUAAAGUUGUUUAAUAAAUAUUCUGGGAGGUAUGUAGCACUCUGUGUAGUAUAGCCACUGUAUUAAAUGAUGCACAGACUAAUGUUGACUGUACUGCAAACAUAAUGGUUUGUGGUAACUAUGAUUACUACACUAUAUCUAUUACAAUAUUAAAUGUUGCUUUUUCUUUAGACAACUGACUUGAAUAGACACGUUUUUCUGCUGGGAUUAUAUGAAUUAUAUUCUGCUUUCGAUCAAUGUUUCAUUUUGCGUUGGUACACCAAACGGUUCUCCUACCCUUAUUAAAUACAGUUUGUGAACACAUAAGUGAACCUGGGUCGUCGAACCUGUACAUAGAACGUGGAAUGUAUCAGAAUGUAAGUAUAUAUUAAGAGUUAUAUACAAAAAAAAAAACAAAAACAGUAUCAACUAACUCUGAGACUGAACAAUUUAUCGAAAUAGUACUGAAUACUGAAUACAAGUUAAAAUGGUUACCUACUCGAAAUCUAAGACUAAUAGGCCUAUAUAACUAAACGAGAUAUAUCCAAUAUACCGAAAUGUGAUCUCGUACUCGAGAUAUGUACUCAUAGAGACACCGAAAUAUAUACCAUAUACCACGCCGUAUAAAAUCCUUUUUUAAGUAAUACAGUUACUAUAUAUAAAACGUAAGACCUUACCUAAGAGUCAACUACACAUAACACACAAAUAAAUACAUAUAAAUAAAAACUAAGAACUAAAAGUUUCAGAAAUAUAUGAAAGAGACAGAAUAAAAUAUAUGAUACUGAUAUUAUGUAGGUACGUAUAAGUAAGUACGGCAUGCAACUGUAUACCAGUUGAUAUAACUAAGUACAUAUAAAACGCAUGAGGCUAUAUAUGUGCAUACAUUGAUUGUAUAAUACAUUUUUGUAUGUAAAGCCCACCACCUAAGGACGCACGCGCAUUGGAUAAGACAACUUGAAAGGUUACAGAAUACCCAAGACCAUAGCUAUCUUUACCCAGCUUGUAUUGUAUUUUAUAUAAAAAACUAAACUGACAUAAUACUGAACGGGUGCUAUCAACCCGUGCACCUCAUAUAAAACAAUUUCACAUAAUCUCAGCAUUGAAACGUAGAACUAGUAUUAUAGCAACAACUGUAUCUAUUCAAAUAUUUAUACCUACUGUUUAAAGACUAUUGUUACUAAUUACCUGGUUGUAGUUGAAGAUAGGUACCGUGUGUAAUAUUCUCAAUAAACCUACUAACAAAAGAUCAAACAAUUAUUCUAUAAUCAUAAACACACACUUUGGUGACAGAUACUAAUGUAAUGAAGUAAUUCAUUAACUAAAAUCACGGUUUACCCACGUAAAUUAUAUAGUCGCCGCGUCUGCGCACGCUGCUCAUGAUGAAGAGUCCCUCUAUGUCUCGAAACUAGUAGAGCUUGUCUCCAUUUAUUUACGUGAGUAAACCGUAAUUUUAGUAAAUUUAGUAUGUCUCAGGAUAGUCAUUAUAAAGAAAUAAUUCAUACUUCAAUGUACAAUUGACAAAAGUUAGGCGAAUUAGGUCAAGUUACCACUGUUUAUCAAUUUUUGAACCCAAAAUACUACAACAUUGUACUGCAUAAGUAUUUUUAUUCAAUACCAACAAUAAACAGCGUCAUGUAAAUACCUAAGAAAAAUGUUGACCAAAAUUUUUGUCGCUUGUACUUCAAGCUACAUUCUAAAAGUACCACACCUUGUUUAAAAAAAAUAUUGUUUUUUUCUAUAAUAUUAAUAAUACUUUGUAAGAUAUGUUCUAUUGUGUUCAAAUAACUGUCUAAUUAACUCAAAUUUCUCUGAAAUAUGCCUUGUUGAUGUAGAAUGUUGCAGCCAGCACCACACUGCCGUAAAAAAACCAAGUGUUUUUUAAAUUUUAAUAGUAAUAGUAAUAGAAUAUUGUAGUGGUAAGUUAGAGUGUCUUCGUAUAAAAUACUAGGGAGCGUGUUUUCCAAAAAUAUCCCUUAAUACUACAACAAUAAGGUCACUAGUCAAAAUCUUAGAUUACAAAAAUUACCAAUUCUUCUCUCUUUUAGUACUUGUAUUAGAGUAGCGCUCGAUAAGUGCCUUCUACGAAGACGCUCUAAGUAAAAGCCUUUAGUAGUCUACUAGAGAAAUAAAGGCGAAAAAUUUCCAAAUUAAAAACGUAGAAUUUUUAAUUUGAACCUUAUUUUGAUAGAGUUAUGACUUUCAUUCUACUGUCGACUGUUAAGUUGGUUUUUUUAUGAUUUUGGUUGUCUUCUUACUGGUCUGCGGCGGUAAAUCUCGGGACGUGUGGAAUUUCGGCCGGUUUGCAGUUGAGUUAUUGUAUGUCCUGCGACGGGGAGGUCGGAAUUAGGCACAGCUCGAGUUUUAGCAUCCGUGCGCUGCAUCGGUUUGCGGACAGCUCUUAAUUGUGCAACGUCUAGUAUUGCAACAAUGGCAUCUAAAUUGUACUCUAACAUAAUUUUCGUACUUCGUGGUACUUUUAGAGGUUACUGUAUUUUGUUUGUACAAAAUUACACACGGUACGGAGUGUAAGUAAGGAAAUGUAAAGGUGUAUAGUUAAUUAGCGACCACCAUAAGGUCGCAGGUUCGAUGUACGGUUGCUUUAAUGUUUCCCCAAUGCCUUUUCGACCUGCAAUAAACUUUCUAAAAUUGAA